GCUGUGCGAGGCGCGCGGAGGAGGGCAUGACGUCUGGACCACGACGGGAGCUGGUCCAGGCCCGAGAGGUCAAUAAGGGAGAGUGAUAGCGACUUAAUGUUUACUCUACCAUCUUGGCUCCCAGAAGUUGAUUCAACAGUGAAAUUCUGAAGACACAAACGCAAACCUUUCUUAUGAGGAAGAAAAAACAGGAGUUGUCUGGAGAGACUGAUGUGGAUGCACACAGGGAAUUCACCAACCAACUUAUUUAUUAAAAAAAAUGUACAGAAGAUGGAAGCAAGGGCAGUUUUUCUCAGCAAUGCAAUGAUCCAAGACAAUUCCAAAGGAGUCGUGGUGAAAAAUGCUAUACACCUCCAGAGAAAGAACUGAUGGCAGUCUGAAUACAGAUCAAAGAGAAGAUGGCCGAUCCUUGGCAAGAAUGCAUGGAUUUUGCAAUAUCCCUAGCAAGAAAAGCUGGAGAGGUGAUUCGGGAAGCUUUAAAAAAUGAGAUGGCUGUCAUGAUGAAGAGUUCUCCAGCAGAUCUGGUUACAGCCACUGACCAAAAAGUUGAAAAAAUGAUGCUUUCUGCCAUAAAGGAGAGGUUUCCUUCUCACAGUUUCAUUGGUGAGGAAUCAGUGGCUGCUGGAGAAUAUAGUGUCUUGACUGAUAAUCCCACAUGGAUAAUUGAUCCUAUUGAUGGAACUACUAAUUUCGUUCAUAGAUUUCCAUUUGUAGCUGUUUCCAUUGGCUUUGUUGUGGGAAAAAAGAUGGAAUUUGGAGUUGUGUACAGUUGUAUAGAAGAUAAAAUGUAUACUGGUAGGAAAGGAAAAGGGGCUUUUUGCAAUGAUCAAAAACUUCAGGUAUCAGGACAAGAAGAUAUUACUAAAUCAGUUUUGGUGACAGAAUUGGGAUCUAGCCGAGAACCGGAGGUUGUAAAAAUUGUUCUUUCAAACAUGGAGAGGCUUCUUUGUAUUCCUAUUCAUGGGAUAAGGGGUGUUGGUACAGCAGCAAUAAAUAUGUGCCUUGUUGCAAGUGGAGGAGCAGAUGCAUAUUAUGAAAUGGGCAUUCACUGCUGGGAUAUGGCAGGAGCUGGUGUUAUCAUUACCGAAGCUGGUGGAGUACUUUUGGAUGUAACAGGGGGACCUUUUGACUUGAUGUCACGGAGAAUAAUUGCUGCAAGCAGCAGAGCCUUGGCAGAAAGAAUUGCCAAAGAAAUCCAGCUAAUACCUCUUCAGCGAGAUGAUGAAGAAUAAUUGAGAUGGUUUGAGUGGAUGAUUUAAUCGCGAACUGCUUUUCCCCAUGUCACAUGCUGGGGAUUGCAAAUUAUUCAAAUCCAGCUGCAAGUUGAGCUUAAAUGUGUAGUGCCUCUUUCGAAAGUAUAAGGUUGAUUUUAAACUGUCCUUGAUUUCAAGAUUAUAAAAUUAGAAUUUGCUUACUUAGCAAAGUACAGAAAAGCAUUCUUUUAACUUCUUUUAAGUGGUUUUAUUGGGAGGAAGGAAUACAUGGAGGGGAGGAGGAAGAACUCCAAAAUAAAUAUGGUUCAUAAAAUAUUCACUAUCAAUUGAAAUAGGGAAAAACUGUGGAGGAGCUUCUGGAUAUGCUGUCUUCAGAAUAUCCUAUUAACUUGAUAUUUUAGAUAUUUAUGUGCCCUUAAGUUAAAAAUAAACUUCUUUAGGAAGAAAAUGUUAGGGCUGCAAAAGCCAUAUUUUAUUGAAUUGUAUGACUGAAAAACUAACUUCUUCCUUGAAUCAUAAUGUCUUAUGUAACAUGGAUCUUGAAUCUUAUUUUGAAGGCAACAAUUCAAGGGUCAGAAUAAUUGCUGAAAGGAUUGAAUUGAAUAGACUUUAUUUGGCACUAGAGUCUAGUUAUUAUUAAGGGGAAUUUGCUCAGUGACUAGAUAUUUAUCAUUCCGUAUAACCAUAUUCCAUUUAGGGAUAUUUGAAAUUAAUACAGAUUUUGUGACUACUCAAUAAUUGUGCCAGUCAUAGGGAGAGUUUAUUUUAAACUCUUUGUUAACUAUCCUACUGUAGAUUGUCAGGAAAAGGCUAUGCUUAAAGGAUGCCAAAAUAAGCAUUGAAAAAAUUAGGAAAAAUCCCCUGGACCAUUUUGAUGCCAUUUUGAUCUUCCAAAGAGUCUUUUAUUUAGUUUGGCACUUUGACUGAUUCUAGUCAUAUUGGUUGUUUUUGUAAACAUUGCAGUGCAAAUAGAGUAGUCUCAUAUUGACCCCUUUGGUAUCCUCUAAAAGUAGUUCUUCUGUUCCACUUCCAGCAGAAUCUGUAGCUUCAACUUUCUUCCACAGUCUUUGGCUUCUUUCUCCCACUCAUAAAAAGGAAAAUUGCACUGACUAAUAGAUAUUUUAAAAGGAUUAAUUUAUUCAAGGCCAUAAUCUGAAAUGUGAAUGGAAUGUAGAAGCUUUGUGUUAAGUUAGUGUGUGUUUCAUAUUUGGUAAAGUUAAAAAUGUUUAAAGAGUUCACGGUGGGGAGUUGUAUUCAUUGUCUUGUAUGUUGAAUAGGUGAUACUAAAAUAUAAGUAUUACAAGUGUUGUACUUGUACAUUGACUAGUAUAAGUACUUAAAGCAUCAUGUACUGUAUUAUUCCAGGAUGGAUUUGGUUUUUUAAAAAAAUUCGGUUUGUUUUAGUUAUAAAUAUUACAAAUGUGGAAUAAAAAAUAUUGAUAUUUAAA